AGAGAGAAGAGCUGAAGCCGACGGAGUUUGAGAGGAGAGAGAGAGAUAGGGACAAGAGUGGCCCAUCAAUACUGUGACCAAGAACAGGAGCUCAGCACACACCCCUAACUCUAAUCGCAAGCAUCUCGAUUCCGGGAAGUCCUGCAACACCUCGAACCCUCGGCCACUUUCCCCACCUUCUCAGAUCAAAACAAGGGCGCUAAGGGCCUUCUGUCCGGUUUUAAAGUGGACCUAACACCGCCUUACUUUAUUGACAUGGGAGACAUGGGGGAUCCGCCAAAAAAAAAGCGUCUAAUCUCGUUGUGUGUCGGCUGUGGGAAUCAAAUCCAUGACCAGUAUAUUCUGCGCGUGUCCCCGGACCUGGAGUGGCACGCGGCGUGUUUGAAAUGUGCAGAAUGUAACCAGUAUCUGGACGAGUCCUGUACGUGUUUUGUGCGAGACGGAAAAACUUACUGUAAACGGGACUACAUCAGGUUGUACGGGAUCAAAUGUGCUAAAUGCAACAUCGGUUUCAGCAAGAAUGACUUCGUGAUGAGAGCACGCUCGAAGGUUUAUCAUAUUGAGUGCUUCAGAUGUGUGGCGUGUAGUCGGCAGCUUAUCCCAGGAGAUGAGUUCGCUCUGCGGGAAGACGGGCUCUUCUGCAGGGCCGACCAUGACGUGGUGGAGCGGGCAACAAUGGGUGCUGGUGACCCAUUAAGCCCAUUACAUCCGGCAAGACCUUUACAAAUGGCAGAGCCCAUCUCGGCACGUCAGCCUGCGCUUCGACCUCAUGUGCACAAGCAACCUGAGAAAACAACCCGCGUCCGGACAGUCCUCAACGAAAAACAGCUCCAUACCUUGAGGACUUGUUACAAUGCCAACCCUCGACCCGACGCCCUCAUGAAAGAGCAGCUCGUUGAGAUGACGGGUCUCAGCCCGAGAGUCAUCAGGGUUUGGUUUCAAAACAAGCGCUGCAAGGACAAAAAGAGGAGCAUACUGAUGAAACAACUCCAGCAGCAGCAACCCCAUGACAAAACGAACAUCCAGGGGAUGACAGGGACUCCAAUGGUGGCGACCAGUCCAGAGAGACACGACGGUGGUUUGCAGGCAAACCAAGUGGAGGUGCAGAGUUACCAACCGCCUUGGAAAGUCCUGAGUGACUUCGCACUGCAGAGUGACAUCGACCAGCCUGCUUUCCAGCAACUGGUGAAUUUUUCUGAAGGAGGGCCAGGCUCGAACUCCACGGGGAGCGAGGUCGCCUCAAUGUCCUCGCAACUGCCUGAUACACCAAACAGCAUGGUAGCGAGUCCUAUAGAGGCCUAGGAGAGUGGAUUAUCUUCUGCACCUGAAGUUUGGCAAAGACGUGUCCGGGAACCAAUAUCAGAGAGAGGCUCGUGAAGUUUCUUCCAUCCCUAUUUCAUUUAGGGCCGCUCCUGAAUAAAAACCCAUCCUCCAACUGCACGAGGCCUCUAUACCGAAAAAAACCCUUCUCAUAUUUAUACACUGUGAUGACAAUCAUGGGAUUUAAACACACUCCAACCGAGCAAGUACAACGAGUGUUGCGAAAAGACCAUUUAAAGUUGCAAACUCCUGCGAAAGUGGACCCAGCCGGCGCACAUCUUCACGCACCGAACCUGACAUGAUGACUGCAGAGCUCUGCGGCUGAGUGGACCUGGUCGGCGACACUUUUGCCAAAUACCCCUCCACAUUUUCUUCAACUUUUAUGACAAAUCAUUGGACCUCCACGGAUAUAAGUCGCAAGAGAACUGAAUCUAAUAUACAUUCAUAUAGCCUACUUUUGUGCGCAACGUGAGUAGCCUAUAAUGAAACCAUGACUGUUUAUUCUGUUUCUAUAAAAGAUCGAAAUGGACCAGUUAACUGAAAGAGAGUAUGGCAGCCGAGGUCUGCUGCGAUUACAGUUUUGUUAUAUCAUAUGGCCACUUUUCAAACAUCAAGCCCAAGUACUAAAGCAUUGCAACAAGGUAUAGGCUACCUCUAUUUUGCCACAAGCUGUGUGGGAAUUUCGUGUGUUCGUGUCCGUCCAAGAACUUUUUUCUUUCCCAAAGAUGUGUAUAGUUUUAAGUUAAGUUAAUAUGACUGAUUAGCUAUGGAGGUUUCGUUUUGUUCAUGUACUACAAAAUAUUUUAUUAUUUAUUGUCGUAAGACAUGCCACUUUUGUGUACUUUUAGGCUACAUGCUGAAGAAGUAAAAAGGAGGAAAAGAAUAUUGUCGACUCCGAAUGAUCUAUCAUAAUUGACGUGUCCUGUCGUUUGAUCAAAGACUGAUGUAAGAACAACGCCAUAUGUAGACUUAUCUUCAGGAAUAUUUGAUCAAUAAAAAUUUGACGUGUACUGUAAAGUAAA